AUGGCAGACGAAGAUUAUACAGACGACGAGUCAGAAUAUGGCCCAUCUUCGGCCAGGGCUGUCAUCACGGACGCGCUCUUCGCGCCGUUCCGCGCGCUGGUAUCCAAGUCCGCCCUACGGCUAUACCUGAACACGCUGCUGUUCAUGGGCGCCGCAGCGCUAUUGAUAGGCAUAUCCGCUGUCGCUUAUGGAAUCUUCUAUUUCAAAUUCAUUCCCACAGUCGGGCUGCAGCGCGAAGUCCAUUUACAAUUCGGCGAUAGCGACCACCCCUGGGGCAUAGCACACUUCGACUCGGAGUUCGUGCCCUUCCAGGCAUACGACGUCUCGGUGACGCUGGAGUUGCCGCGUACGCCCGAGAAUCUCGAUGCUGGUAACUUCAUGCUCGACCUUACCCUCUUCUCCUCCCGUCCUGCAUCGUCCCUCGUCCCUGGUCCGAACAAUGAACCCAUCUCGCACUCCCGUCGACCUGCUAUCAUGACGUAUGCCUCGCCGCUGGUGGACGUUGCCCGUAGAGCUGCGCGCAUGCCGCUUUAUGUCGUUAGUUGGUACCGGGAGUCGGAGACACUGGUGGUGCCGAUGAUGGAACAUCUUGAGUUUGCAAAGGGAACGAAGAAUCUGCCGCAGGGCUUGCAGCUGGAGAUUCAAAGUGAUCGGAGGAUGCAGAUCUAUUCUGCUAAGGUGGAUAUCCGUGCUAGGCUUACGGGGCUUAGAUGGGUUAUGUACCACUGGAAGAUCACAUCGUUUGUGGUGUUCAGCUCUUUGUUCUGGUCUGUAUCCAUGCUCUCUGCUAGCCUGACGUGGCUAGCGAUGACUUGGAUUCUGGAGUCUAUGCCCAAGGAGGUGAUUAAGGAAGAAUCGGAAGAUGUUAUCAAAGAGGAGUCUGAGGAUGGGGAUAGUGAGGAGUCUCCCGAGGUAAAGAAGGAGGAGUCGGAAACCCGAUUGCUUUCUAGCUAUCCGGCUGAAGGCGAUGGAGCCUCAGGCUCUGAGAUGUGGAUCAUCCCGAGCGAUUGCGAAACCAAAGCGGGGGAAACUUCUUCCCCUCCAUUCUUCACCUCAACCACUUCACUUCCCCAAAUGCAUAUCUUGGUCACCAACGACGACGGUCCGCCGUCAAAUCAGUCCUCGCCGUACGUGCAUUCCCUCGUUCAAUCGCUUCAGGCCGCCGGGCACACCGUCUCGGUCAUUCUUCCGCACCAGCAGCGAUCAUGGAUUGGUAAAGCGCACAUUGUCGGCGCAUCCGUUAAGCCUACCUACUUCCGACCCGGUACUCUCCACCAAGAAGAUGGAACCAUUCACCACCUACCCCGAGGUAGUGACGGGGAGCCCGACGACGAAGGCGACGAAUGGGUCUUGAUCGACUCAACACCCGCGAGCUGUGUCCAGAUCGGCCUAUAUCACUACUUCCAGGAGCGAGGUCCUGUUGAUGUCAUCAUCUCCGGUCCGAAUUAUGGUCGCAAUACAACUGCUCUGUUCGCCUUGUCGAGUGGAACCAUUGGCGCAGCGAUGGAAGGUGCCUGCUGUGGAAAGCGCUCAAUUGCUCUAUCUUAUGCAUUCAGCUCUCGGAAUCAUGAUCCUGUAAUCAUUGCAGAAGCCUCGGCCCAUUCGGUAAAGUUAAUUGAGCAUCUAUGCGCGAACUGGGACGACAACGUGCACCUCUAUAGCGUGAAUGUUCCUCUGGAACCAGGCGUUAGCGAGAACAAGAUCAUGUAUACCGAUAUGCUGCAGAAUACUUGGACCGGGAGUUGCUUCCAGGCUGUAGAACCCCGAUCUGCAGAUGAUCCCGAUUUGCAAGAACAGCAGCUGCGCGAUGCGGGUGAAGUGGCAGGAGAGAAGCCCGACCAGACGGUUGGCAACAGUGAUAAGUCCUCUCGUGGACCCCGGAUUCAACACAAGCACUUCAAGUGGGCACCGAGCUUCCGCGAUGUAUUCCAGAGCGUGGAGGAGAGUGCGCCGGGCAACGAUGGCUGGACCGUCAAGGAGCAAAUGACUAGUGUUACGCCUCUCAAGGCCAACUUUAUGCAUGCCCCCGGUAUUUCGGGGGAGAUUAAGCUAUCGGCGACUCAGCCGUCACUGUACUCCCUCAUCGACUGCGAUGAUCCCUACGUGCAACAAAUGGUUGAGCGGGCAUUGACUCGUCGCCUGGGAAGUGCCUCCAAGCGAGUGUCCUCUGUGUCCGAACUACCGGACUCGUCAUCGCCGCUUUUCCAGUACCGCGAAUAUGAGCGCCUCGACUUCGAACAUAUCAUGUCCCACUUCUCAACGUCGCUGUCGAGCGCAUACAUCAUCCGAAAAGCUUUGAUCCGAAAGCACUAUCUCUCGAAUACAGUGGCCAAUUGGAUCUCAAAGCACCCAGAUAGCAUCCUGCGAAAGCACUUCAAGCCCGCAUUCGACUUCGAGCUCGACUACGCCGAGUUCCUCGACGAUGCCCUACUGGAAGCAUACGAACUCAACGACAGCCUAGCCAAGAACGCCGAACGCCCCGACUCCGAAAAGGAAUGGUGGAUCCUCAAGCCCGGCAUGAGUGAUCGCGGACAAGGAAUCCGCAUUUUCAACAGCGAAGACCAGCUCCGCGAGAUCUUCGAAGAAUGGGAAGAAGACUCAGACGACGAAAGCGGGUCCGAGAAAGAAGAAGACGACGAAGCCGAAGGCGGCGCCAGUCUAGACACAGGGAUCGUCACCUCACAGCUCCGCCACUUCCUCGCACAGCCCUACAUCGACCCACCCCUCCUCCUCCCAUCAUCCUCAAACCGCAAAUUCCACAUCCGCACCUACGUCCUCGCUUCCGGCUCCCUCAAAGUCCACGUCUUCAAGGAGAUGCUCGCCCUCUUCGCCGCAAAGCCCUACUGCGCACCGCACGAAGAAGACGACGUCGCUGAUCUCGCUCGCCACCUGACUAACACCUGUUUCCAGGAGGGCGGCAGCUCGAACGAAGGCAGCGUGCGUCGCUUCUGGGACCUUGACCACCACGUCCCCGGUCUCAGUGCGGAUUGGAAGGAGAAGAUCUUUGAUCAGAUCUGCGCGGUGACCGGUGAGGUCUUCGAAGCUGCGGCCCGGGGGAUGAUGAUUCAUUUCCAGACUCUGCCUAAUGCCUUUGAGCUGUUUGGUGUUGAUUUCCUUGUUGAUAGUAAUGGUGAUACGUGGCUUCUGGAGCUCAAUGCUUACCCGGAUUUCGCGCAGACGGGCGAGCAGCUGAAGGAGGUUGUUGUUGGGCGCUUGUUUGAGGAGGUGGUUGAUGUUGCUGUUAAGCCGUUCUUUGGGUUGGGUGAUGGCGUUGGGACUGGGGAUAUGAAACUGGUUGCUGAUAUUGAUCUUGGAAGGCAUGCUUAG